AUGGAGGAUCCCAUCCAGCUGAAAGAGGAAGGCAAUAAAUACUUCCAGGCCAGCGACUAUGAGAAAGCCGCUCAGAGCUACACGCAGGCCAUCAAGCUCAGCAAGGACAAGGCGCUGCAGGCAGUGCUGUACCGCAACAGGGCAGCGUGCUUCCUGAAGAAGGAGGAAUAUGCCAAGGCAGCCUCGGAUGCGUCGAGAGCCAUCGACAUCAAUUCUUCGGAUAUCAAGGCCUUGUACCGGCGCAGCCAAGCUCUGGAAAAACUGGGGAAAUUGGACCAAGCGUUCAAAGAUGCUCAGAAAUGUGCUACCAUCGAGCCCCGCAACAAAAACUUCCAGGAGACCCUGAGGCGGCUGGGGGCCGACAUCCAGGAGAAGCUGCGCAUUCAGUUCUCCACGGACCUGAGGGUGCAGAAGAUGUUUGAGAUCCUGCUGGAUGAGAACAGCGAGAAGGAGAAGCGAGAGAAGGCUGCGAACAACCUCAUAGUCCUGGGGCGGGAGGAAGCGGGCGCCGAGAGGAUUUUCCAGAACAACGGGGUCAGCUUGCUGCUGCAGCUGAUAGAAACCAAAAAUGCUGAGCUGAUCCUGGCAGCCGUGAGGACGCUUUCGGGCAUGUGCACGGGACAUAAGGCUCGGGCCACCGCGAUUCUGCACUACCUGGGCAUCGACAACAUCUGUAUGUGGAUGUCGGUGGACAACGAGGAGAUCUCCCUGGCCGUCUGCAACCUCCUGCAGACCAUCACUGACUGCCUGCUGGGCCAGGGCAAAGAGGAGCAGCACGGGAAGGAGGAGGCUCUGGUGCUAGAUACUAAAAAAGACUUGAGGAUGAUCACAACACGUUUGCUGGAUAUGUUGGUCAGUAAGAAAGUGUCUGGGCAAGGACGAGACCGAGCUCUCAACCUCCUCAACAAGAACAUACCGAGGAAAGACCUGAAAGACCAUGACAACAGCAGGACCAUCUUUGUCAUUGACAACGGCUUAAAAAAGAUACUGAAAGUGGUGGGCCAGAUUCCUGAGAUGCCUGACUGCCUGCCGCUGACAGAGAACACCCAGCUGACUGCGUCCAUCCUCCUCAAUAAGCUGUACGACGACCUGCGCUGCGACCCGGAGCGUGACAACUACCGGGUGAUCUGCGAGGAGUACAUCAAGAGCAAAAUCGACCCCCAGAACAUGGAUAAGACACUCCACGCCAUCCAGAUGGUGUCUGGGGUUCUGCAAGGGCCCUUCGACUUAGGCAACAAGCUGCUGGGCAUGAAGGGAGUCAUGGAGAUGAUGGUUGCCCUGUGUGGGUCCGAGAGGGAGAUUGACCAGCUGGUGGCUGUGGAAGCCCUCAUCCACGCCUCCACCAAGCUGAGCCGGGCCACUUUCAUCAUCUCUAACGGAGUGACGCUCCUGAAGGAGAUCUACAAGAAGACCAAGAAUGAGAAGAUCAAAAUCCGAGCUCUGGUGGGUCUCUGCAAGCUGGGCUCAGCAGGAGGGACAGAUUAUGGACUGCGACAAUUUGCUGAGGGGUCCACCGAGAAGCUAGCCAAGCAGUGCCGAAAGUGGUUGUGCAACACCACCAUUGAUGCCCGCACCAGGAAGUGGGCCGUGGAAGGACUGGCAUACCUGACCCUUGACGCAGAUGUGAAAGAUGACUUCGUGGAAGACGAGCAAGCCCUGCAAGCUAUGUUUGAAUUAGCCAAGAUGAGUGACAAGACUAUCCUGUAUUCUGUGGCUUCUGCACUGGUGAACUGCUCCAACAGCUACGACACCAAGGAGCUGGUCCCGGAGCUGGUCCAACUGGCAAAAUUCUCCAAGCAGCACGUGCCUGAGGAGCAUCCAAAGGACAAGAAAGAUUUCGUUGUGAAGAGAGUGAAGCGGUUGCUGAAAGCCGGCGUCGUCUCUGCCUUGGCCUGCAUGGUGAAGGCAGACAGUGCCAUCCUGACAGACCAGAGCAAGGAGCUCAUAGCCAGGGUGUUUCUUGCAUUGUGUGAGGACCCCAAGGACCGCGGGACCAUCAUCGCUCAAGGUGGUGGAAAGGCCCUGAUACCUCUGGCUCUGGAAGGUACAGAUGUUGGCAAGAUAAAGGCUUCUCAUGCUCUGGCAAAAAUUGCUGCUAUUUCCAAUCCAGAUAUAGCAUUCCCAGGAGAGAGGGUGUAUGAAGUGGUGAGGCCCCUUGUCAGCCUGCUGAACACAGAGAGAGAUGGCCUCCAGAAUUAUGAGGCUCUGUUAGGUCUCACUAACUUCUCAGGAAGAAGUGACAAACUUAGGAUGAAGAUAGUCAAGGAGAAGGCAUUGCCAGACAUUGAAAACUACAUGUUUGAGAACCAUGACCAACUUCGACAGGCAGCCACAGAGUGCAUGUGCAACCUGGUGGUCAACAAGGAGGUACAGGAGCGGUUCGUGGCUGAUGGAAAUGACCGGCUGAAGUUGGUGGUGUUACUGUGUGGUGAGGAUGAUGAGAAAGUGCAGAGGGCAGCAGCAGGAGCCCUGGCCAUGCUUACGGCAGCACAAAAGAAACUCUGCUCUAAGAUGACUGAAGUGACCACCCAGUGGCUUGAAAUCCUGCAGAGGCUCUGCUUGCACGAUAACAUGGAAGUGCAGCACCGUGGACUGGUCAUCACUUUCAAUUUAAUCAGCGCCGACAAAGAGCUAGCAAAGAAGGUGGUGGAGACAGAGCUCCUAGAGAUCCUGACCUUCAUUGGCAAGCAAGAAGAUGAUCCCAAGAAGCAGCACAUCAUUAAUGUAGCACGUGAUUGCCUCACAAAAUGCAUGGAUUAUGGACUGAUCAAACCUCUCUCUCGAGCAUGAGGAAAUGAAAAGUACUGAAAAAGGCUGAGUGGGGAGAAAAAAAAAAGCUACUGGGAAAUGAGGAGAACAGAGCCAUGAAGAAAACUUAUUCCCAUUGUCAAGGCAUAGACUACAGCUGGGGGACAGUUUUAGGAGAUCAGAAACUGUAUUAGGGAAAGGGUGACAUUUGCAUCAGAAAUUUGGAAAAUAUCCGAGUAGUUUCUAGAUGGUGUAAAUUAUUUCUUUGUCCCCAUUCAGCUGAUAAUACUUAAAAGUUUCAAGGCCUAGGUAUGGAAAGGGUUGUUUGGGAAAUGUGCCAGGGGCUGUUGAAGAAAACUCAACUGAAAUUGGUUCUGCAGCCAUCCACAGCUCCUGGUACUUCAGUAAUUGCUACCAAUGAUGGAACCAGGAGGAGAUUUAAUUGCAUCCCAUCCUGCAUUCAGAAAAGAAGUUGGCUGUUAGUUGUGUGCUUUUUUUUGUGUUGUUCAUUUAUGGCAUUUUUAAAUGUUUUUAAGUGGUGUGCCAGAGUUUGAGGCUGGAGGAUGAACUUUUAAUAAAUUUAUUACUUCGUUCCAUG